AUGUCCAAAGAUCGUCAGGUGACCCUAGACACAUCCCGCAGCCCCUCCCGCCCAAACACCAUCCCCCCUCCUCGUGCUUGUCUACGCCCCGAACCACUCCUGCUCUUACCCACUCUCCCUUGCCGAGGGGAGUUGCCUGCUCUUGCAGGUCUCCUCCUCUACCCCGACACGCCAGACAAGAUGGAGUCGAUGACACAACAGGCUUUCCGCCCCCGACCAGGGCCACGGCCAGACAAAGGCCGGGCUCUCCAGAGUAACCUAACCUUGGAAGGCGACCGGUGUUUCCUGACCACCCAGAGAGAGGCCUUCCACCCCCAUCCUCUAGAGGGAGCCCCGCGCGCCGUGAGACGCAGGCCGAGAGGAAGGGCGGAGACGAAGGGGAGAAGGCUCGAGAAGGACGACGGGGAGGAGGGAGAUGAGGGAGGACUGGAGCGGGGCGGGGUUGGAGGAGAGCGGGAGGAGAUGCUGUCUGUGUACCAGCAGGAUUUCCCUCCUCCCUCCAUCCCUCUGAGGAGGAGAAGUCUGGCCAUGCCUCCCCCGGACAACAUCGCAAUCAACCCCAUCCUCAGAGCAGAGUUCAGGACAGUCCAGAGGGACGCCUAUCCGAUGUGGUCUUUAACAGGAUACUUCAAACCCAUUGCCAGGCUGAGGGCUACGAAACAACACAGCACUUACCCUGGGUGACCCCGUUUUGUAUUCACAAACGGCAAACCUCUAGUCUAGCGGACUAACAGCGUGACACUGGAAUCGAUGAAAAACAAUCCUAAAUGAAGUAACAAUCCAGUAUUGCACCUUCGAGUCAAUAUCCCACAAGAAGAAAAUAGUGGUGCUACAUACAUGAUAGAUCAAAUAGUUAUAUUUAUUGAUGUCUACUAUGUGACUUUCAGUUUGGAG